CUUACUUGCGGUUGUUUUUUUUCAACACUUGGAUCUGGAUGCUGCGACGGUAGGUCGCCACUCUUCGCUGCUUCACUCCAACUCAGAUUCUUCGAGCAAUGCCUGGGUACGGAGAGACGAAGCGGCGACGACCUUCGAAUAGCCGAGGUCGGAGUGCCGGCCGGGAGGAGAAGCGGCACAAAGGCAAGAAGGAGAAGAAGGAGAAAAAGGCUCGUGAUGAUGAGCGGUCCCGAAAGCAGGCGAGGCGGUCUCGCAGCAGGGACGUAGAGGAAGCUCCAGAGCCGACAAAGGCCGAAGCAGGGCCAGAGGCCGUCCUUGGGCGGAAGGACAGCGCCCAUAGUGCCGGGGAGAAGACGAAGGCAGCCUGGCGUGAGGAGAUGGAAAGGGUCCCUGCGGACGCUGAAAGUGAUGGAGAAGUGCCCCACGGGACAGUUGCCGUGGAAGACGAUGAAGAUGCAGACCGGAAGGUCCAAGAAAGCCGUGCACGGCGGGAGGCGCUUAUGGCGAAGUGGGUGAACCGUGGAGAGCGCAAUGGGCUGGAAAACACAGACACCCAAAUGGAACCUGAAGAGGAGCUCCUCACGGAAGAUAAGAGCCCAGAUCAAACUCCACCAGAAGCGCAGCCGCAGGAGGAGAUGGACGAAGAGGAGCUCCAGCUCAAAAAGGAUCUGCAACGCUUCAUUCUUCAACACAAGGCUGAGGCGGACGACAUGUUUGAUGAAACGGCGGAUGAGGAUGCUAUUCGCAAAGCUGCGAGUGGGCAAGCAAACGCCAUUAAGCAGACCGGGGCUUCAGCCGACGACUGGGAUGAUACCGAGGGGUAUUACAAGGCAAAGAUCGGGGAAGUCAUGGGCGACAGGUACGAAGUCACUGAGGACUUCGUUGGGAAAGGCGUCUUCUCCAAUGUGUGCAAGGCCAAGGACAAGGUGGAUGGCUCGAUGGUGGCCAUCAAAGUUAUGCGCGCCAACGAUAUGAUGACAAAGGCGGCGAAAAAGGAGGUGGAGAUCCUCGAACGGCUGAACAAGGCCGACAAGCAGAACAAGAGGCAUGUAAUUCGACUACAUCGGCAUUUUAUGUACCGUGGACAUCUUUGUUUGGUGUUCGAGUGCAUGUGGGACAACCUUAGGGUGGCCCUCAAGAAGUACACCAAGGACAAAGGCAUGUCUUUGCAAGCAGUCCGUGCGUACACGCGGCAGCUGCUGACUGCGCUGCGGCAUUUGCAUAAGUGUGGAAUUAUCCACGCUGACAUCAAGCCGGACAACAUCUUAAUCAGCGCUGGCCACAAUGUCGUGAAGAUCUGCGACCUGGGCAGCGCUAUGGAGCUCACCGAGGUGGAGCCAACGCCCUACCUGGUGUCUCGCUUCUACCGAGCUCCAGAGAUUGUGCUGGGAGCCAAGUACUCCUACCCGCUAGAUGUCUUCGCCAUGGGAUGCACAUUGCACGAGCUCUUCACCGGGAAGAUCCUCUUUCCAGGGAAGACCAACAAUGACAUGUUGAGGCUUUUCAUGGAAGUGAAGGGGAAGCUGCCCAACAAGGUGAUCAAGAGUGGCACAAUGUGGAAGAACCACUUUGAUGAAAACAUAGACUUUAAGUUCUUUGAUGUGAACAAGGCUACGAAAAAGGGGAUCACUCGGACCAUCACUGACUGGUCCAAAACCCGGAGCAUCACAGACAUGGUCCUCAAUCGAGUGGGCCCUGAGAAACAGAAGUCGACCGAGGCGGAGGACCAGAUUUACGUGAAGAAGGCGAAACAGUUCGCUGACAUCGUGGAUAAAAUGACCACCAUGGAUGCUGACAGAAGAACGACAGCCAACGAUGGCUUGUCCCAUGUCUUCUUGGCAGAAGCUGGGCCGGGCUCCAAACCCGCCGCCAAGGCAGAAGCGAAGCCCGCGCCCGAGAAAAAGAAGUGAGGCUCGACGCUGGUCCAGUGGCACAGAACGUCAUGCAUUCAAGACGUUAUGGAUAGAUAUGGG